AGAGGGCCAAAUGUGAACUGCGUUGACAGUACUGGAUACACUCCACUGCACCAUGCUGCUUUGAAUGGUCAUAAGGAUGUGGUGGAAGUUCUGCUGAGGAACGACGCACUAACCAACGUAGCAGACUGUAAAGGCUGUUACCCUCUUCACCUGGCAGCUUGGAAGGGAGAUGCAGACAUAGUGAAGCUCCUCAUCCACCAGGGACCUUCGCAUACUAAAGUGAAUGAGCAGAAUGCUCUUGAGAUCAAAGAACUCAAAAAGUACGGCCCCUUUGACCCAUAUAUCAAUGCCAAGAACAACGACAACGAGACGGCGCUGCACUGCGCCGCGCAGUACGGCCACACAGAGGUGGUGAAGGUCCUUCUGGAGGAGCUGACCGACCCCACCAUGCGCAAUAACAAGUUUGAGACUCCUCUGGACCUGGCCGCGCUCUAUGGGAGGCUGGAAGUCGUGAAGAUGCUCUUGAACGCUCACCCCAAUCUUUUAAGCUGCAACACUAAGAAACACACUCCCCUGCACUUGGCAGCUAGGAACGGUCACAAAACUGUGGUCCAUGUCCUCCUGGAUGCUGGCAUGGAUAGCAACUAUCAGACUGAAAAAGGCAGUGCUUUGCACGAAGCUGCUUUGUUUGGCAAGACAGAUGUGGUACAAAUAUUGCUGGCCGCAGGUAUUGAUGUGAACAUAAAGGAUAACAGAGGCCUGACAGCUCUGGAUAUUGUGAGGGAACUUCCUUCUCAGAAAAGCCAACACAUAGCAGCUCUCAUCGAAGAUUACACGAUCGGGAAGAAAAGUGCCAAAGCUGCAGAGAAGACUGUUCAAGCACCGCUUGUUCCAGCCGCUGAUCCUGUGUGCCAGAUAUCUCAGGGUGAUGUGGAGAAAGCAGUUACAGAACUGAUCAUAGAUUUUGAUGUGAACCCAGAAGAGGAGAGCCCGUAUGAAGCUUUAUACAAUGCAACAUCCUGCCACUCCCUGGACAGCCUUGCCAGUGGGAGAUCUUCAGAUCGAGAGUCUGUGAAUAAGGAAGUGGAAUCGGCUGGUCUCAAAGCAGCAGGAGUCAGGCCUAGAGAACGUCCACCCCCGCCUGCCAAGCCUCCGCCUGAUGAAGAGGAGGAUCAGCACGUGGAGAAGAAGAUAGGCCAUGGUGCUUCCUGUGAGGCCUCUGUUGCACGAGGAAAGAGCAGGGGAAGUGGAGCUGAGGAAGAGGAACACCCUUACGAGCUGUUGCUUACAGCAGAAACUAAAAAGCCAGUUGUGGUGGAUAGGAAAACAAAAGACCACAGGAGGAGCAGUGGCAACCGCAGCCAGGAUUCUGCCGACGGCCAGGACAUCCAGGUUCCAGAGCAGUUUUCAGGGUUGCUUCACGGUUCUUCCCCGAUCUGUGAGAUAAGUGAGGACCCUUUCAGGCUCGUUUCCUCCGCGGAGAAAGGAGGCACGGAAGCUACAAGUCACCCACCUGCUAUGCAGCUGGAGGAUGCUGACUUACCUGCCUCUGGAUCAGUACGGACCAGCUCUCCAGACCAAAACCAGAAAGUGGUCUACGCAACCAUCCAGCACACGCACGUCAACCGGGCGGAUCCUGAAACUGUAGUCACGCCCCACGUGCUACAGCACCCCGGUGGUGCUGAGGAAGAGGGGGACAGAGCUGUGGGCAGAGCCCACCCGGGGAGCAAGCCCAAAGCCGAGCUUAAACUCAGCCGCAGCUUGUCCAAAUCGGACUCUGAUCUUCUGACCUGCUCUCCGACAGAGGACGAUGCCAUGGGGAGCCGGAGCGAAUCGCUCUCGAACUGCAGCACUGGGAAGAAGAGGCUGGAGAAGUCCCCGUCCUUUGCUUCAGAGUGGGAUGAGAUUGAGAAAAUCAUGAGUUCCAUCGGCGAAGGCAUUGACUUUUCUCAGGAGCAGCAGAGGAUCUCAGGUUCGCGGAUGCUGGAGCAGAGUGUCGGGGAGUGGCUGGAGUCCAUUGGCCUGCAGCAAUAUGAGAGUAAGCUGCUUUUGAACGGCUUUGAUGAUGUCCGCUUCCUGGGCUGUAAUGUCAUGGAAGACCAGGACCUUCGGGACAUCGGGAUCGGUGACCCACAGCACCGUCGGAAGCUCCUCCAGGCUGCUCGCUCCCUCCCGAAGUUGAAACCCCUGGGCUGUGAUGGGAACAGCCAGCCUUCGGUUCCCGCAUGGCUCGACUCUUUGGGGCUGCAGGAUUACAUUCAGUCCUUCCUCUCGAGUGGCUACAGCUCUAUCGACACUGUGAAAAACCUCUGGGAGCUUGAAAUAGUAAACGUGUUGAAAGUGAAUCUGCUCGGCCAAAUCAUUGCCGCCCUGGCAGACAGACCGUACGAGGAGCCACCGGCGAAGCCGCCGCGGUUCUCGCAGCUGAGAUGCCAGGACUUGAUGUCCCAGACGUCAUCGCCCCUGAGCCAGAACGACUCCUGCACCGGCAGAUCUGCCGAUCUCCUGCUGCCCUCCGGGGACACCGGGAAGAGGCAACACGACCGUGGCACCGAGGUUGCUCCUUACUCCAGAGCUGAGCGCUACAAAGCACAGGAGGAUCGCCGGGAGUCAAAGCUGACCCUGCGCCCCCCCAGCCUGGCUGCCCCGUACGCCCCAGUCCAAAACUGGCAGCACCAGCCGGAGAAGCUCAUCUUCGAGUCCUGCGGGUACGAGGCCAACUACUUGGGCUCCAUGUUGAUCAAAGACCUCCGAGGGACGGAGUCUACGCAGGACGCCUGUGCCAAGAUGAGGAAAUCCACAGAGCAUAUGAAGAAGAUCCCGACCAUAAUACUGUCCAUCACGUACAAGGGGGUGAAGUUCAUCGAUGCCUCUAACAAGAAUGUCAUUGCUGAGCACGAGAUCCGGAACAUCUCCUGCGCUGCUCAGGACCCUGAGGAUCUCUGCACCUUCGCCUACAUCACCAAGGACCUGCAGACCAGCCACCACUACUGCCACGUCUUCAGCACCGUGGAUGUGAACCUGACGUACGAGAUCAUCCUCACGUUGGGGCAGGCGUUCGAGGUCGCCUACCAGCUGGCCCUCCAAGCCCAGAGGGCGAAGCCUCUAGGUGCUGCAGCAGGAGAAAUGAUCGAAACAAAAUCUUCCAAACCGGUGCCUAAACCGCGAGCCGGCAUGAGGAAAUCUGCACUGGAGCCCCCCGAAGCGGACCAAGACUCCCAGUCUCAUGCCAGUGUCUCCUGGGUCGUGGACCCCAAACAGGACUCCAAGCGGACCCUCAGCACUAAGUAUGAGACCACUAUCUUCUAAAGCAAACACACCCCGUGUCCACCUAGUCUAACCGUGCCUUUGCGAUCUGAUCUGUCUGCUGUUCUAAACUCCCUCUUCCUCCAGCUGCUCGCACUGAGCCCCGCGUAGGCACUACGUCAAAGGCAGCAGCACUUAGGAGACUGUAGACUUAAACGGCUUUUGUACCUGAUCACUACUGAACACUGUGAAUUCUCCUUACUCGGAAACAAGGGUAACACGCUGUUAGAUAUCUGUGAGGUGGGAGGUGCAGAGGGAUGCAGGCUGGGGGAAUCGGAGGUGUGGAUCCAGGAAGCCGCCUGCUGUUUUCACGUCUUUCCCCUCGCUCUGGCACUGUGAAUCCCUGGGGCAACGUGACACUCCCCAGGCCUUUUUUUUCUAUUUCACCUUCUUAUCCUUGGACUGAUGGAGACCUCUUGUCUCCGCGGUGCACGCACUCCCUCCUCCUAGAUCCUCUUCUUCCCGACUGAGCCACGGCUGCGUACUGUUCCAGUGAACUCACCCCUCUUCUUACCUGCCACUCGAAUUGACGCUAACCACUGUGAUGCUGUCUGCAAAUAACACACGUUCACUGGGUUUCCUCGCGGGGACCCUCGCCCACAAUCUCUCCCCUCGAAGCCUGGAGCAGAAAACCUGCUCUGAUGGGAGCGCUGGUUUGGGCCGGCUGCGAUCGAUCCCACUGUGAGCUUUGUCCCCUCUCAGGGGGUGAGAUGAGGUGCCGUUUUGCUUGCAUGCAUUUCAGUCCCUUGUGGGAUUUUUUUCCCCCCCGUAGUCUUUCUGUUUACACUCACCAAACUUCUCGUGAGCUGUGGGCGCAGUUCUCACUUGGCAGGUUGUAAAGAGGCGAAGCUUUUAAAGGCAGGUGUCGUUAGCCCCGUGUUGGGAAGGAAAGGUGUUUGAGAGGGGCUGGGUACCUGUAGAGGUCUGAUAAAGCAGACGGAGCUCUGCUGUGUUCAGAAAAAGUGUGCUUCUUUUGCCAAAGGGAGAGAUGUGAUUGAAAUCAGUCUGCUGCCGAUCCCAAAGUUUCCAGUCUACAAACCAUUGCACGAUGAGGGCUAUAGGGAUCUUGAAACAUCUGUCACCUUCCGUCCUUGAGAGCGAGGAUUUCACUUAGAGAUGACCCUGCGUCAGUGGCACCUCUGCCUUUUCUGGCUGUUUCUCAAGUGCACAUGUUUUUCCUCUGGGAAAACGUCCCCAUUUCUGUGUAUCUCAGCAGAAGCAGCUUUUAAUUCCAGAAUAUAUGACUGGGAAUCAUUUGCAUGAGACCGCAGGGCACUUGGCACAGGUCGGAGCAGAGCUGGGACAGGUCUGGGAGUGCCACGCAGCGGUUCACGACCCUGUGAAAGCCCCAGCGAGCCGUCCGUGGUCCUAACCCUGGUUCCUUCGCAUGCGUUUGCAAAGCUCGCUGAGAUGAAACUGAGGAGGAGGAGGAGGAGGAGGAUCUGAUGAAUUGCAGCGCUGGGAGGCAGGACUCCUGCCCCGGUGCUGCUUCUCCCUGACUUGCUGUGCGUCCAAGCAACUUCGCCUCUCUUUACCUCAGUUUCCCCGUGUACGGGAUGGGGACGUACUUGCCUACCUCUCGGGAGGUGUAAGGCUCGCUCCAUUUGCAGAGCAGUUUUAAGACCCUUUAGUUGAAAGGCGCUGCGACUUUCACACCGUGGCAGCAAACCCCCGGCACUCAGCCUCGCUCUCC